GGCAUCCUCAUCACCUUUUCUUCUUCCUCCGUACGUCUCCCUCCUCCCAUCUUCUUCGCCCCGGCUCCAUCGCCAGCCAUGGCACGUGGAGUCGGCGGCGAGGCGGGGACCGGCCGCCAGAUGUGGUGUCUGUGUCCCCAGCAGAGGCCACUUCAGGACGCGGUGCCGUCGUGCUGCUCCCGGGACACGUCUCCCCGAAGAAGCCUGAGCCCUGAGCUCUACUGUAGUCUGAUCAGCAGGCAAAGGGUUCUGAAUUCCGAUGGAUCAGUGUCGCCCGGAAUGUGUUCGACAGAAUGCCCCAACCAAAACGUGGGUAUCUAUCUACCGGCCUGCUGGGAAAUUGCAGUGACACGAAAGUGCCUGCUGCCCGCCGACAACGACACUGUGAUGUACUGGCCAAAUCUUGUCGAUGGAAGAAGACCAAUGCAUUCAUCCCACCGGCACAUGCUCGGUGUUUGUGGACUUACUAAUCAAGAACAACUGGGUCACGACACUUGCUAGAUUAGUAGGUGCCACACCCUCAACUAUAGCCUUAAAUCUUUAUUGGUUUCCAUCUAAAGAGGUACUCCCUCCGUCUAGCAAGCGUCUUAUAAUGUACAGACUCAGCAGGUCACGACACGCUCUUAUUUUAUGGGAUGGAGGGAGUAUUUUCCUGGAUACUCAAGGCCACAUCAGCUGGAAAACGACGCUAGGUACGGUCGUAAAUAGCAACCAAGGACAACAGCAAAAGACGCUAGCUAGAUCUAAACUAUUGACCGUUUUGGUGGCGAAUCUUCUUGCAAAAGUAUAAAAGGUUAAAUCAGUAUGUGCCCCAUCAUCAACCACAGCCUUAAUCUUCUAUUGGCUUCCGCUUAAAGUGGUAUAUUCCUGGAUACUCAAUGGAAGACCAAUACAACACGGAUCCAUCCCACCGGCACAGGCUUGGUAAUCUACUGGCAAUGCACUAGUGUUUCCUUCAAUAUUUCCGCCACAUUGGGUUCAUCAUAGUAUUUAUUUCAGUUGUUUGUGGACUUAUAAACAAGAACAAUACUAAAUUAGCAGGUUGCCCCGUCAUCAACCGUUGCCUUAAUCUUUUAUUGGUUUGCAUCUAAAGUGGUAUAUUCCAGGAUACUCAAGGCCACAUCAGCUUGAAAACGAUGCUACGGUUGUCAAAAACAACCAAGACAACAGCAAGAGACGCUUGCUAGAUGUAAACUAUUGACCGUUUUGAUGGUGAAUCUUCUUGGAAAGAUAAAAGAUUCCAUCUUUUCAGGUCUUGAAAGGGACAAGGGCGGUGCUUAGUGGGUGUGCUACCGCUAAGCAACAGUAAUAUUCAAGCUUCUUGUAAGGUUACUUCAGAAAUACAUGCACACUGCACACCACAGGAUUGGCUUGGAAGUGUCCACUGACCAAAGAUAUAAACGUUCCGUGGCCCUCGUAGCACUCAUGAGUCAUUACCCAACAACUCCAUUACUGAAGCAAAGGUUUGUAUAGCCAGCUCCAUCUAGGCAACCAUGUUAGAGGGUGUAAUCUGGUUGCUAAUCCUGAAGCUUGGGGAUGCCCUGGCAAAUGAAGCAGCUGUGCUAGGGAAGUCGUUUCUCGUCGAAGCAUCUGCUCUGCAAGGCCUGUUUGGUGAGAUACGGAAGAUGAAGGAGGAGCUGGAGAGCAUGCAGGCCUUCUUCCGAACCGUCGAGCGCUUCAAGGAUGCAGACGAGACAACGGUUGCAUUCGUGAAGCAGAUCAGGGGCCUUGCCUUUAACAUCGAGGAUGUUAUCGACGAGUUCACCUUCAAGCUGGGGGAGGACCGUGAGGGGAUGUUUCUGUUUAAAGCAAUUAGGAGGGUCAGACAGAUCAAGACAUGGUACCGGCUAGCCAACAGUUUGCGUGAUAUAAAAGCAAACCUCAAGAGUGCUGCGGAGAGAAGGCGCAGGUAUGACCUCAAGGGUGUUGAGAGGGACGCGAAACUGACAAGAAUAGGCAGCUUAAGUAUUAGACCUGCAGAGUCUGUACAUUUUAAAAGGGCAGAUGAUCUUGUGGGGAUUGCGGAGAACAGAGACUUGCUGAAGAAAUGGAUGAAAGAUGAGGAGCAGCGACACAUGAUCAUCACCGUUUGGGGCAUGGGAGGUGUUGGUAAGACAACGCUUGUUGCACAUGUCUACAACGCCAUCAAGACUGACUUCGACACCUGUGCUUGGAUCACCGUGUCUCAUAGCUAUGAGGCUAAUGAUUUGCUAAGACAGAUUGUUGAAGAGUUCCGAAAGAAUGACAGGAAGAAGGAAUUUCCAAAGGAUGUUGAUGUCACAGAUUACAGAAGCCUGGUGGAGACAAUCCGCCGUUACCUAGAGAAGAAAAGGUAUGUUCUUGUUCUAGAUGAUGUUUGGAGUGUGAAUGUUUGGUUUGACAGCAAAGAUGCAUUUUUUGGUGGCAAACUUGGUCGGAUAAUUUUCACAUCAAGGAUAUAUGAGGUUGCACUCCUUGCUUCCGAAGCCCAGAUGAUUAACCUGCAACCCUUGCAAAAUCACUAUGCAUGGGAUCUGUUCUGUAAAGAGGCAUUUUGGAAGAAUGAAAACAGAGACUGUCCACCAGAACUGCAAUAUUGGGCAAACAAGUUUGUGGAGAAAUGCAAUGGCUUGCCAAUCGCUAUUGUGUGCAUUGGGCGCCUCCUGUCAUUCAAGAGCGCCACUUUUCUGGAGUGGGAGAAUGUGUACAAAACUCUUGAGCUGCAAUUUACAAACAAUUGCAUCCUGGAUAUGAACAUAAUCUUGAAGGUUAGUUUGGAAGACUUGCCACACAACAUGAAGAACUGCUUUCUUUACUGCUGCAUGUUCCCAGAGAAUCAUGUGAUGCAAAGGAAGUGGCUAGUACGGCUCUGGGUCGCAGAAGGAUUUAUUGAGGCGAGUGAGCAUAAGACGUUGGAGGAGGUUGCAGAGGAUUACCUGACUGAACUCAUCAAUCGGUGCCUGCUGGUGGAGGUUAAGAGGAAUGAAUCAGGAUAUGUUGAUGAUUUCCAGAUGCAUGAUAUCCUUCGUGUGUUGGCCCUCUCCAAGGCACGCGAAGAGAAUUUUUGUAUUGUCCUCGAUUACUCAAAGACUAAUCUUAUUGGGAAAGCACGCCGUUUAUCAAUUCAAAGAGGGGAUAUCGCACACCUUGCAGAGUCCGUGCCGCACCUCCGCUCCUUGCUUGUUUUCCAGAAUUCACUGACUUUUGGCUCGCUCCGUUCAUUCUCAAGGUCUGUUCAGUUAAUGUCCGUCUUGAACCUGCAAGAUAGUUCGAUUGAGAGUCUGCCAAACGAGGUGUUUGACUUGUUCAACCUGCGUUAUCUGGGCCUUAGACGGACUAAAAUUGCAAAUAUCUCAAGGCUGAUUGGAAGGCUACAGAAUCUGCUUGUACUGGACGCCUGGAAAAGCAAAAUCACCAACCUGCCAGUGGAAAUCACAAGGCUCUCUAAGUUGACGCACCUCAUCGUCACCGUGAAGCCACAGAUACCAGCGAUGCAGUUCGUUCCUUCUAUUGGCGUGCCAGCACCUAUUGGCAUGUGGUCCUUGGCAAGCCUGCAGACAUUAUUGCUGGUGGAAUCCAGCUCCGAGAUGGUCCGUUACCUCGGUUCUCUGGUUCUGUUGAGGUCGUUCCGCAUCAGUAGAGUUCAAGGUCGCCAUUGUGAAAAGCUUUUCAAAGCUAUUACCAAUAUGGUCCGUCUAACCCGGCUCGGGAUCCAUGCGGAUGAUGACCAGGAAGUUCUGCAGCUCGAUGCACUCAACCCGCCUCCGUUGCUCCAGAAGCUUUUCCUGCUAGGGACGUUAGAGAAAGAAUCACUGCCUCGGUUCUUCUUAUCAAUUAGUAAACUGAAAAGCCUCACCAUUCUACGGCUUGUCUGGUCAAAGCUUGAGGAAGAUAUGUUCUGCUAUCUUGAGGAACUACAGCAGCUGGUGAAGCUUCAGCUUUACGAUGCAUUUGAUGGCAACAGGAUGCACUUCCGAGCAACGUCGUUUCAGAAGCUCCGGGUGCUGAAGAUCUGGGGAGCUCCACAUCUCAGCCAGAUGACGAUAAGAAGCGGGGCGAUGCCCAGCUUGGUUGAUCUGAAGCUCCUGCUCUGUCCGGAGUUGAAGUCGUUGCCGUGCGGGAUCGAGCACGUGGCCACCCUUGAAGAGCUGACCCUGGAUUCCACGGCGGAAGAGCUUGUGGACAGGGUUCGCCGGAAGAAAGAGGACACCAUAUCGCAUGUUCAGAGAGUCUACGUCGGGUUCGUCAGGAACCGCGAGCUCGCUGCAGAGAGGAUUCAGUAGAUUAGAUGCAUCUCUGUCCUCCCUUGUAACCUGCUCUCUGUACAGUGUGUUCUUCUCCUAGCAAUGAAUACCAACAGCUCUCCUGUUGGACUUGAGUAAAAAAAAAAAGUACAUGCAUCUCCAUCUGGACUGUUAUUGUUUUUUCUCUACUGUAAUCUCGUCAGAUCUGAUGUUACUUGAAACCUUCUGUUAUUAUCCAAUUUAUUUUG